AUGGCGUCGCAUUCAGCAACAACAUCUCUCAGUCCCGCGGAUGAAAUAACGAUAGAUAGCUGUCACAAUCUGGUCUCCUCGGACGCCUCCGAAUUCAAUGAUCAUGCAUCGUCAGUCGCCAAAGGACACGAGAUCUCUGUCCAUCAACUUGCCGAAGAUGAGGAUUCAAAUCACCGUCCUGUCCAUCAUGUCCCUUGGGCACUGCGUCGGAAGCACUUGCUGUGUCUCAUGGUGAUGCUUGUUUCCAUGAUCAUCGCUUUGGAAGUCACACAAUACUUCUCAAUAAGAAAUCAAGGUCUGGCAACCACAACACAACAAAUACACUAUCUAUGGACUUAUGGGCCCACCGCUGUGUUCUCCGUUCUGGCAGUGUUUUGGGGAGCUCUCGAGUACCAAACAAAGAUCACCAUGCCUUGGAAACUGAUGGCAGGUAGCCCUCGAACCGCCAAAGAUACUCUGCUGCUGGACUAUAUUUCACCAAACCCGAUCGUAGUGCUCUGGAAGUCCAUGCGCGCGAAGCAUUGGCCCGUUUUGGUCUCGGUCUUUGGCUCUCAAUUGAUCAUCUUGGUCACCAUCAUCUCCACUGGCCUGUUUGUCUUGGAGUCUACGAUAGUCCAGCAGAAAGAAGUUCCAAUGACCGUGAGAAGAUUUGACGACACCAAUUUUGAUGCUUCUCUCGUUGAUGCACUGCCAGUGCUAGCUGUCUCGAGCAUCAUGUCGGGAAACAUCUCGGUUGCGUACCCGUCGCACACGAAUGAGUUCAUCGCGAUCGAACCAUUUGCACCUGUUCGAAACAUAUCUGGAUCCGAACUGUCUAAAGCUGCCAAUGUCAAUGUUUUCUUGGCGGGUCUAGAUUGUCACCUUGGUCAUGUUGCAAAUGUCACAAUGCUUGCCGAGGAUGACAACUGGCAGUUGGUGGCCAAUUUAUCGGACUCGAUCUGUACUACGAAUGUCGUUAACCUCGGGGCACGUUACGAUAGCGGUAAUGCCACUAUUGACGGGACCUGGAAGACUGUGGGUGCUGCAUCGCUACAAAGCUGUCAGGAAAGUGGUAGUGUGGGCUCGGGGUCAUUGGUACUUACCUUUGCACAAGCUAUCAAACCAAAGAAGAAACCUCCUGCCUUUUACGAGAAAGGUAAAACGGAACAGCUACCCAUGGGCUCAUUUGAGUUCAAUGCGACCGUGCUUUUCUGCACGCCGACAAACAACAUGGAGCAGGCUUUAGUGACCACUAACUCUUCCGAAGCUAUCCUCGAUGUGGCUGAUGGGCAUACCGGUUCGAUGCUCAAUCUGUCGUCGUGGGAUAUGGCGUUAGCCUUUAACAACUCCGUUUCUAGCGCGACCAGAUCUUUUACGAACAGGGAUGACCUCGACCUUGCAGCAGGUAUGGCGCCGUAUGACACAUACUUCAAGAUUUUACAGGCCAUAUCACCUGGGGAUACAGCAGACUAUCUGAAUCCCAACCUCCUCGAAGCAGAUUCUCGGCGCCUCUUCACCGCUGUCUGGGCUCAGAUUGCGAAUCAACACCUUCUGUCAAACACGACUCAAGUAGAUGUGGGCACGUAUCGUGUCAAUCAGCUUCGUCUUCUCCUCCGACCAGUCACAUCGUAUAUAAUGGAAGCUGGCAUGGUAGCACUUUUGAUAUGCGCGCUCGUCAUGCUCUUCAUCAGACCCAUAGUCCCAGAUCUGGAAGGAUUGCCAUCUCCAGGUCGCAUAGCCGCUAUACUAGCCCGGAGCAAAGACUUGCUGUCUACGUUCAAGCACACCGGUGUUCAGUCUAAGCAGCAUAUGGAGCAUUUGAUUUUACAACAUCGAUACACCAUGGACUCACAGCUCGACGGUAACACAGUGACUAUCAAAGAGCUUCGAUCAUUUCCCACAUCCGCGCUGCCAAGCAGAAGCAUAAAAUGGUGGCGACCUAUGGCCCUCUCGGUGUGGAUGCAGGUGCUUCUUCUGCUACUUCCACUCGCCGUUGUAAGCUCGCUGGAAAUUACUUAUCACAUUUCAGUAAAGCAUCAAGGACUGAGCGACGUUACAGAUCGCGGGUAUCUACACUACACAUGGACCGUCAUACCUGCUCUGAUCUUGACAAUCAUCAAAACUCUCGGUCAGUCUCUAGCUUUCUCUAUCGAGAUCUUGGACCCCUACCUGGUCUUAAAGGCAGGUAGCGGUACUGCAAAACAAACUCUGUUCCAUGACUACCUCUAUCAGACAUCUCUGUCUAGAUGCCUAAGCAGUGUUCGGUUCGGCAGAUGGGCAGUACUCAGCGUCUCGAUAUCAACACUACUCAGCCCAUUUCUCACGAUCGUCGUUAGUGGUUUAUUCGAGGGACAGCCUGUAGCCCAAUACCAGAGGCUAAAAACCGAUGCUGUAGAUCAUUUGACGAACUUUGACAAUAUCUCUUAUCAGAAUUGCGAGGAAUAUGGAUGGGAGCAGGCCACGCUGAAUGCCGCUAACCUGCUUAUCCAACAAGCGAUUCCAUUCCCGGAAGGGACCUUCGAUGAUUACAUCUACCCAUUGAUGACGGCUGUCCCUCAAAACACAAGCACGACAGGAGUGUUCAAUGCCUCGUCCAUGUUUGCCAUUACCCCAGGUUAUCAUCCCCACACGGUCUGCGAAGCUCUAGACCCUUCUGAGUUUCAGUACACGUUGCGCAACGAUGGAUCCAACGACGGUACCUAUUUGCCAAAUGGGGAGCCAUACUAUUACUUUCUCAACUUCACGCACCCCGCCUUCACGGGCUGUGAUUGUUCUUCACCACAAUACACCAGCACAUACUGCACCACAUCAGAUCUUUUAUCACUUGGUGUGAAAUUGGAUCCGAACACCACUGUCUUUCAAGAAACAAUGGACGUCGCAUAUGCCAUUCCGCUCGGCUGGAUGAAGUCAAAAGGAUGGCCUAAUUCCUCCGCGCUGGCUCACUCAAAUCGUCAGUGUCCUAAUAUAACCAUGAUUUAUGGCGAUUGGGAUCCACAGUCCAAUACCUCAGUGAAUCUAGGGGGCGUCGUAUGCUAUUACAACAUGGAAGAGGCCCAUCUCAACAUCUCAUAUGCACUUCCACAACAGACUGUGACUGCAAUUUCCUCUAUGAAUUCCUCACUUGUUCAGGCAGACCCUAGCUGCUGGCCCUUCAGCCUGUACAGCAUCAACGACUAUCUGGCAAACAAUGGAACAUCAUCGUUUGAUGGACUCUUCAUGACUGCCUUGAAUCGAAGUGACGAAAAGACGCUCUCUACUCCUGGCAAUGCCGAUGCCUUAGCAGGUCGAGUCAGCAAAAUCUACGAUACAUUCUUGGCCCAAUACUUCAGCCUCAACCUGCGCAACACCAACUUCACAACCGAAGUGUCUCACGUGCCGCUGACACUUGUUGACAAUAGCCGCCAACGCUUGUUCCAGAGUCGUGUUUCCACAAGCAUACUAGAAGGGUUACUUGGCAUCAUUUGGGUGUGCACAGUGAUUGCACUUGUCCUCUUUGACAGUAAAGAGCUGCUUCCGAAGGACCCCUGCAGUAUUGCAGCUCAGGCAAGUCUCUUUGCUGAUUCUGAUUUCAUCGAUAUGAUACCUCCUGGAGCGGAAUGCCUUUCUGACAAAGAGCUUGCUGAGACGACUCCCUUCAAAGACCAUCUGUUCAGUUUGGGGUGGUGGGAGAAGGAAGGUGAAGCGGAAAAGACUUUUGGUAUUGAUAUUGGUCAGGCUGUCUCUAUGGGUCAAGGGGAUACACGGUGGACAUGGAUCAAGAGAUUGCUUGGAGUGUAA